GGCGGGGCGAGCUGCUCCGUGCGCUUCGGCCCCUCCCAACCUCGCUUCUAGCAGCCCGCGAGGGGCGGCCCCGCGCGGGGCCCUGAGGACGUCACGGACGCGCGGUCGAGCCUCCAGCCCGCCCCCUGCUCGCCUUCCCUCUCUUCUCUCGGUAGCCGACACCUCGGGGGCCCCGGCAACCGACGCUUGCACACUCACCGCCCCACCCGCCGCGUCCCGCACCCGGACCCGGACCCGGACCCGAAGAUGGCGGCUCUCAAACUCCUGUCCUCCGGGCUUCGGCUCUGCGCCUCCGUCCGCAGCUCGCACGGCGCCUGGUCCCAGGGGUGUGUUCGCUGCUUUUCUGUCAGUAUUCAUCGCCAUACCAAAUUUUACACAGAUCCAGUGGAAGCUGUCAAAGACAUUCCCAAUGGUGCAACAUUGCUGGUUGGCGGUUUUGGGCUGUGCGGAAUUCCUGAGAACCUUAUAGACGCUUUGCUAAAGACUGGCGUGAAAGAACUAACUGCGGUCAGCAACAAUGCAGGGGUUGACAACUUUGGCUUGGGCCUUUUACUUCGAUCCAAGCAGAUAAAACGCAUGAUCUCUUCAUAUGUGGGAGAAAAUGCAGAAUUUGAACGCCAAUACUUAUCUGGUGAACUAGAAGUAGAGCUGACACCUCAGGGCACACUUGCAGAAAGGAUCCGCGCAGGCGGGGCUGGAGUUCCUGCGUUUUACACUAGCACAGGGUAUGGGACCCUGGUACAAGAAGGAGGAGCACCCAUCAAAUACAACAAAGAUGGCAGCAUUGCCAUUGCCAGCAAGCCAAGAGAGGUGAGGGAGUUUAAUGGGCAGCACUUUAUUUUAGAGGAAGCGAUCACUGGGGAUUUUGCUUUGGUGAAAGCCUGGAAAGCAGACCGAGCAGGAAACGUGAUCUUCAGGAAAAGUGCAAGAAACUUCAACUUGCCAAUGUGCAAAGCUGCAGGAACCACGGUGGUAGAGGUUGAAGAAAUUGUAGACAUUGGAUCAUUUGCUCCAGAAGACAUUCAUAUUCCUAAGAUUUAUGUACACCGCCUUAUAAAGGGAGAAAAAUAUGAGAAAAGAAUUGAGCGUUUAUCACUUCGAAAGGAGGAUGAUGGACAAGCCAAAUCUGGUAAACCCGGAGACAGUGUUAGGGAGCGGAUCAUCAAGCGAGCUGCUCUUGAGUUUGAGGACGGCAUGUAUGCCAAUUUGGGUAUAGGAAUACCUCUUCUGGCCAGCAACUUCAUCAGCCCAAAUAUGACUGUUCAUCUUCAAAGUGAAAAUGGAGUCUUGGGUUUGGGUCCAUACCCAUUGAAACAUGAAGCUGACGCAGAUCUCAUCAAUGCAGGAAAGGAAACAGUUACUGUUCUUCCAGGAGCCUCUUUUUUCUCCAGCGAUGAGUCAUUCGCAAUGAUUAGAGGGGGACAUGUCAAUCUAACAAUGCUAGGAGCAAUGCAGGUUUCCAAAUAUGGUGACCUGGCCAACUGGAUGAUACCUGGGAAGAUGGUGAAAGGAAUGGGAGGAGCGAUGGAUUUAGUGUCCAGUGCCAAAACCAAAGUGGUAGUCACCAUGGAGCAUUCUGCAAAGGGAAAUGCGCAUAAAAUCAUGGAGAAGUGUACGUUACCACUGACAGGAAAGCAGUGUGUCAACCGCAUUAUUACAGAAAAGGCUGUAUUUGACGUGGACAAGAAGAAAGGGCUGACUCUGAUUGAGCUCUGGGAAGGCCUGACAGUGGAUGACAUUCAGAAGAGCACUGGCUGUGACUUUGUGGUUUCACCAAAACUCAUGCCAAUGCAGCAGAUCUCAACAUGAAAUGUGGAGUAAACAUUUGUCCCAGGCUUCUGGGACAAAUUUUUAAACACAUAGGAUUUAAUUGAAAGGAUGUCAGUAAUCAUAAUCAUGUAUUGAACAAGAAGUUUUUGACUAGUUUCUUCUGUUAUUUCAGGAUUUAUGCAGCCAUAUAGACUUGUUCUCACAAGUGUAUUACAUUUUCAUGGAAAACAUUUUAUUACAAUCUUGUUUUGUAAGUGGUAAGAAGGUUGUCUGCUAUUGGUGCUCACAUUGUAUGUAUUUUAUCUUUUAUGCUGUAUAUGCUAAACUAUGACUCAGCAGUCCUGAAAAAAUAUUUAUAUGAAUCAGUGAUUAGGCAAAAUGCUAUUUUGAUGACUGUAUCUUUUACCUUCCUCUGAGGUUUGGGGGAGGAGCCUCUGAUUUGGUGAUUACACUUACCUCCCUAGAGCAUCCGCCUUCUUCCCAUACUUAUAGCUAAAUCCAUACCCAAGGAAACAAGCAGUAAUGUCUCUGGGAGGAGAAUAGGAAGAGAGCAAAAGAUAUAGGAUCUACUAGUGUUGAUAUGCCACCACAAGUUCCCAUUAUAGACAUCUAACCAUCUACCCAUGCUUUGCAAAAGGCUGAGGCUAGCUGUAAGAAGACAGCUAAAAAUCUACUGAUAUCCUUGCAUCAUUCUCUUGUUUAAAAGUUUUUUUUAAAAAAGUGUUCUGUUCCUUUGUAUGCAGAAAACUUCUUUAGAUAUUUCUGUUACUGAAGCCCAGAGAUUUAUUUAUGCAAUAACUCCUCCUAGGUCCAAAAGAAACAUGAGUAUUUGACCAUGAGUCCUUAAUUCCAAUGACAGCAGAGUUAAGAAAAAAAUCCAAGAAUAGUUUCUUUAGGCUCUCUGGUCUGCUCAGAAAAAGAUUCUAAUUACUGAAUGACUUUUUCUGCAGAACAAUGGUUUUUCUUCUGUGUAAUCUAGCUCUCUUAAAAAAGUGCUAAUAAUUCAUCAUUAGGGGAAAUGGACAAGUCCCAGAGUUGAAUACUACUGAACUCAGUGGCUUAAGUUUAUAAGGGUGCUUCCUAGAGCUAGCCUGAGAACCAAGAGAGGUCACUUCAGGAGCACCCUGAGUAUCAGAUGGGUGAGUCUCAGCACCUGAUGCCAGCCUGGACAGCUGAUCUUUGCACAUAGGUAGGCACAGUACAGUGCAAUAUAUCAUUCUUCUGGUAUAGUUAUAGCAAUGUAUUCAUGUUUUUAGAUGGUGGUUCUCACUGAGACUCAGUUCUCUACAAGUAAGCUAUAGCUUUCAUGUAUACUAUUUGAAAGAGAAGAAAAGUUUUUCAUCAGUAGCAUACUCCAUAUGUAAAACUACUUUUCUGGGUGCCUACAUGGUUGAAAGCAUCCUCUCCCAGUGUUAGUAAAGAGAACACUUCUUAGAAGGUGCAAGAUCUGUGAGAGUAAAUAUGUCUAUAUUAGGGCUAAGAUUUUUAUAAUAUGUUGAUAGUUGAUAUAUUUUCAAAUGUACUUGCUUAUCAUUCCAGUCUGUUACUGUAAGAGAAGAUGCUAAGAAUGUCCUAAACAGUCAAAGCCUAAAUAAGUGACUUAAAAAUUUUUGCUCAAAGAGUGUCAUGAUGUUUAAAAACGUGUUAAGACAUACAAUAAAGAUUGCAAGUUGAUAGAGAUCA